AUGGGAUUGUCUUCGCUUUUUCAAGGCAAACUGUAUCAACAUAUUUUUUCUACACAAAAAACUAUAAAAUCUUUACUUAAAUCACAAUCCAUCUCUACUCUCAAUAAUCUCAAAACAAACAAUCCCAAGUUACCAAACAAUAAGCCAUCAGAGCCAUCAACUUCCCAACCGAUUCCCAAAAAAACUGCUCAAAAUAACAUCACCAAAUUCAAAUACGAAAUUGCGAACACAGAAAAUGCGUUUGCAAUCAAUCUAUGCCACAUUCCAGAAGAUAUUUACUUUUCACAAACAACAACCAACGAGCAACUUCAAACAUUAUUUGCGUAUUUGCAAUAUAAAGAAUCACUCAAAUUUGUUCAUCAACUCACAUUUAACCAAUCUCCGAUUACGCACGAAAGCAUAAUUUCGAUUCUAAAAGACUGUGAGAACCUUCAGCAAAUUUUCAUCAUUGGAGGAAGAAACAUAGCUCUCAGAAAAGUUACCAAAACCCUUGUCAGAUGGAAACAAGAUGAAUCCGGUGAUUCGCCAAAUCUUGCGUCUCUCAAACGAAUCGUAGUGACAAGAUGUGUUGGUGGUAAACGCCACAAUUAUAAGGCACAAAAAGUUGAUAACGACAUGAAGGUACUCGACCAAGAGGUCUUCCAACUCGUAGAUUGUGAUGAUUUGAAUUGCGAAGAAUGUACAAAACAUUGUCAGAUUUGUGGAAUAAAAUAUAAAUAUUGGGAUCGGUUUUGGAUAGCGUGUGGUUGGUGCAGAAAAAGGAAUUUUUGCGGUCGCUGUGUUCUUGAAGCUACCGAAAAUG